CUACUACUACUACUACUACUACUACUACUACUACACUACUACUACUACUACUACUACUACUACUACUACUACUACUACUACAGCAAAGAAAACACUUCCAGCAAAUCAGUAAUUAUAUGAGAGAUAUAUGAGAACCGCGCCCACCACGAGAAAACCAAACAAAUUGGAGCAUCUUACAUAGAUAUCGACAUAUUCAUAUAGUUACUCAUAUACAGUCAUACUUACAUAAACGCAUGUACACACACAUAUACACAGGUACACAUUAAAUCUAUAUUAUAAACUUAUAUAAGAUAUAUAAUAUAUAUUGCAUAAGUUCCUCUACUGUUCACUUGGAAGCUUGUGUUUACGGACAACACCAAGAGAAAUAUGGCUUCAUCUGUAAAACGACUUCAGACUUUGUUCAUAGUCUUGUUAAUCGUUAUAAGUGUUCAGUUAGUAAAACCAGAACAACUCACCAAUCUAAAGCGACGGGAUCUGAAGGAUAAUCUCCAGUCUUUGUAUGAUUUAUUCGCUGAUAACUUCGAUGAUGACGACAAUGGCUACGCUAACGAUGACAAUGGUAAUGAGGCCGAUGGUGACGUGUCCAGGUUAGAAACGGUACCGCCUUCGUCAUGGUAUAACUUCGACGAUGACAAUGAUGAUGACAACAAUGGCUACGCUCGCGAUGACAACAGUAAUGAAAGCCCCUCUGAAUACGGCUCUGAGGCCGAUGGUGACGUGUCCAGGUUAGAGACGGUACCACCUUCGCCAUGGUAUAACUUCGACGAUGACGAAGUUGACACGAGCGACAGCUAUGAUUACAAAUACGACAACGACAACGAAAGCGGCUCCGGGGACGAUGAAGAUAUAUCCACGUCAGGGACGGUAUCGCCUUCGACAUGGUAUUACAUGAUCACCGAUAGGACGACUUCACCAACUGACAGGACGUUAGAAAGAAAGAAUUUCUCAAACGAUAAUAUGCAAGAAGGAAAUGAAGGGGGAAGAGAAAGAGUAGGACAAGUACUGGUGCCAAAACAACUUCAACAAGACUGGCAAGAACAGCAACAAAAGCAAGGGGAAUAUCAAAGAGUAGGAUUAGAAACGCAGGAACAAACACAACAAGAACAGCAGCAACAGCAGCAGCAGUGGCAGCAGCAGCAAUAUCAAACAGGAGAACAACAACAGCAACAACAAACGUCUUUGAAUUCAUCUGUUAUUGCUAAUUCUAAUGCUACGUAUCAGGGUUCUUCGGCUUUUGUCAGCAGCCAAAAGCUAGGAUCAUCAAGUACCACUGAGUCAGCAGCGUCGAACAAGAGCAGCUACAGGAGCAAUAGUAACGAACAAUCAAAUCCUCUCUGUUCAACUGAAGUAGACCUCUACGAUUUAUGUAAUCUAUCGAUGUAUCCCGGAGGUGUUUCUUAUGCAAACCCCUUUACGUUUCGCUUAUUGGAAAACGCCAUUUCCCAUAAUACGACGAGGCAGUCUCUGAAAAGUUGCCGACCAGGACAUUGGUGUCUCGGAACCAAUGUCACAGAGGGAAAACUUGAAAACUUUCCGAGGCAUUUCUGCUGGUCCUCUCUGCUGACGUGCCUUGAUAUUGUAGUGGAGCAGUUAAAAGUUUGUCCUGCAUAUCAGAAAUACACAACUAUUUUGUCGUCACUGGUUCUGGUGUGUGACUACUUUGAUCAAGACCCAGAACUCAAGCAAGGGCCACAAUGUGGAGUUCGUUUGUUGGAAAUGGUUUCUGUGACCUUCAGCGACAUGGAAAGAGAAAUACCACAGGUGCAGGAGGUUGACCAGUGUAAUAGCCGGACCGGUUUGAUGCAGUCCAGCUUUCGUUGUCUGAUGAACAGUUGCAAUGUUCUAGAGAGAACAACUACCUUCUUGCGUUUUCAACCAUGGCAGUGGUUUAUAGCAAGUUUGGACUCUUACGAUCAAUGCCCACUCAACUGCUCACGAGGAGAGUUGUACGAGAGCACGGUGUAUAUUACUGAAGAGCCAAACACAGAAGGAAGCACGCGAAGAACAUUGGUAACAGAUCCAGUCACUACUGCACCACCUACAAACGGAGGAGAUGGUGAAGGCGUCGCCGACUUACAAUAUAACUCUGUCCAUAAAUCGGGACAAACUGGGAGUUCGAUCCAAAUGUUUAACGCUUGGAAUAUUGGUCUUAUUGCCACCUCGGUAGCAGUCUUGCUAAUUGUCUUAUUUAUUAUCAUUGCUGUUAUGGCAUGGCGGAGAUUGAAGGGCCCUCAGGAUCUGCGGAAUCAGGGCUAUUCAAAACUGAAAACUGGCGAAUGUUAAAACUUCAGUUCGCACAAGACUGUGGGCCUUGGCUGCUGUUCGAUAUGUGCUCAUUCUUUUCUAUUUUUGUCAUUCUUUUCUAUUUUUUUGUCAGUGUCCACUACUAAGUUUUUCAUAAGAUUUUCCUAUUUCCUGUGUGUACCAUUUCUUCAUUGGUAAGCUUUGCUGGUUAUCUAUGAAAAGUUUUAUUGUUUUUAAAUCUAUAUUUUUCGUAUUUUGGGAUACGAUUACCUUCUACGUAUUUUUUUCAUGAUAUCUUGUUUUCUUUUCAUGGUUUCGGUUCUUAUAUAUCAUGUUUAUUACAUUCUUUGUCGCUAAAAAAUUAAAAUUAUUUUAAUGAAA